AGGUCUAGCCUCGCCCAAGCUGCUCCGAUCAGUGCUAUUUAGAAUCCUUGGGACGUCCCUACCAUUUUAAAUUUCUACUUCGAUGUGGUAAGGACGUCCCAGGGAUUCCAGAUAGCAACGACCAAGCUGCUCCCAAUCUCUACGCACGCAGUCGCGCUGAAAGGAAUCAACCCGCUGUCGCCGGCAUUAUUGAACUCGGAACUGGCUACCAGGAGAAGAAAAGAGUAGCAAACAUUGACGUCUGUAUUUAUAUGAGAAACAGUUUACGUUGAAUUAAUAUAUUAGCAACACCUAGAGUUCUGAAAGCCAUUCCAAAACAAGAAAAUGGCUGUGAACGUUUACUCAACCUCAGUGUGCAGUGACAAUUUGAGUCGUCAUGACAUGCUUGCAUGGAUUAAUGAAUCGUUACAGAUCAACCUUACCAAGAUAGAGCUGUUAUGUUCAGGUGCGGCCUACUGCCAGUUCAUGGACAUGCUUUUUCCCGGCUGUGUGCCUUUGAAGAAAGUCAAAUUUGCUGCAAAACUAGAGCACGAAUUCAUUCACAACUACAAGAUCUUGCAAGCUGGCUUCAAAAGAAUGGGUGUUGACAAAAUCAUCCCUGUUGACAAGUUGAUAAAAGGCAAGUUCCAGGACAACUUUGAGUAUGUGCAGUGGUUCAAGAAGUUCUUUGAUGCCAACUACGAUGGGAAGGAGUACGACCCUGUGGAGGCUCGCCAGGGCCAAGACACCAUGCCCAGCCCUGCCAUGUCUGCCCUCAACAAACCCAAGAAGAUCCUCAAUGCUGCACCCCAGCGGGCAGCAGUUGCCAAGGUAGCACCCAAAAUGGCGCCCAGCUCGGCACGAAGACCAGGGGCUGGCGGAGGUGACGAGGAGCGGGCCGAACUCAUCCAGGAAGUGAAUAUACUGAAGUCCACCAUCCAGGACAUGGAGAAGGAGCGGGACUUCUAUUUUGGCAAACUGAGGAACAUUGAGCUCAUCUGCCAAGAGAAGGAAGGCGAGGGCGACCCCACACUGCAGAGGAUUGUAGAUAUACUCUACGCCACAGAUGAGGGCUUCGUCAUACCGGACGCUGAGUCAGAGGACCACGAGGAGUUCUAAUGUUCAAGACUGGACGUGCAACUUUUAAUACUACCCCCCCCCCCCCCAGCCCCUUCAAUCAGCUACAACAGCUCCCAUCCUCACCCUGCGUAACACACCCUAAACAUCCAGAUCAUGUUAUUCAUUGCUUGGUCUCUGAAUAGACUAUAUCAACAACAACAAAAAUUGUCUCUCAGAUCAAGUUGAAAUAAGUAGUGUGAAGUACCUCUGAAGCCCCUUCUUCGGGUUAUCCUAUUGGCCUGUGCCAGGGUCGAUCUUGGCAUCAUGUUGGAAGAAGGCGACUAUUUUGGCUCUCUAUUUGGGUCCAGAAGAGUAAACUGUCAGUCUAAGAUCCUGCUUUUUUCUUGGUCUUUUCUCUAAUUUUCUGUCUCUUCCGGGAAUUGGAGUUUGAGUUAAAUUGGAGUUAAAAGUUUGUUGGCACCUGCACUCACUUUUGUACAUUGUAUUUUUCUUAGUUGACUUGUUUCCCAAAUUAUCACAGUCUUUCCCACAUGUAUAUUGUUUUAUGGGUCUGAGAAAAUGUAUUAAGUUCCUAAUCAUUUCAAUAGAGAAAGUGUUUUUUAGAUGGUUUCAAUGAAAGGUUAAUGUACUUAUUGUGGAAGAAUUGUUUUCUUCACUAACCACAACUCUCAUAUUUUCAAAAUUCUUUAAUUUGGUCUCAUCCAGUUUGGAGAUUAACCUGUUUUAAAUAGUACUAUUCUUUAUUCCAGGAAAGUGGAUAUUAUUAUUAUUAUUAUCAUUAUUUUUUCUCAAAGAUACAGGACAGCUCAUAACAUGACAAUAUUUAAUGCUGAAGAAACAUGUUAGAACUACAAGUUUACGGUGGAAUACUUUGCGUGAUUUAUCUGUUUUGUUUGUCUCUUGGCUGUUGGAAGGCAUGUGCACUGUGGAUGCCAGAAACUCCCCUAGUCCCAAGCCCAUCCCAAACUACCUGCUUUGGGUUUUUUGUCUUUUUUUCUCCCGAUAUAUAAUUUGUCAGUUGGCAGGGGAUGGAAGUUUUAACUUGAUUUAGCCUCUCGUGUCUAAUUCAUCCUCUUAGGGAAUGUGAAAGGUGAGUGACUUUGCUGGGGUUUUUUCUUCUCAUUUCUACAUACUCAACAAACAGAAUACUCCUGGUUCUGUAGCAUGUUUUAACACUCCAGUUGUAAGUUUGUUUUGAUCAUGUAGCAACUGCACCAGUGACAGGUUCUGAGGCCCAAAAUGCUGAUAUGCAAAUAGAACUGCCAGUCUGCGCUAGAAGAUCAGAUUAUUUUUUUGAAUUGCUUUAUUCUUAAUGAGUAAAAAAAAAAACUUUUAAUAACCUACAUAGAUGUGACUUUGAUGUACUCUUUUUUUUUUGGGGCAGAUGUUUGUAAUACGAUUUAAAGUAUUGUAAUUUAAGCUCUUAUCAAUUGUUUUUCUCUCUCUGCUGCUCUGAAAUAAAGAUGUGUAGAGAAUCUGGCAGAAACUUGGGUAUUUUAAGCUAUUAUAUAGACUUUCAGUCUUCCGGUUAUACGAAAGCCAAUGACAUUUUUAUACCGUUGAUGGUUCAUUAAUGUGUUAUGAACCUAUUGGUGUACUUACUGGUGCCGCCCAACGUUUGAAUGAAAUACCUUCAUAGAAAUAACCUCUCCAAUGAUUAGCAAUACAUAACUGUUUAGUCCAAUGUUUAGUCCAAUGUAUUGUCUCCUAGCAGGGCUCGUUAAAUAAUGUUUUAAAUUGUCGCAUUAUUGUACAAUGGGAACAGCAAUAGGAUCAAUCGGUUGCGUUUAGCGAGGCAUCAUUCGCUUUUCAUGAUGGGGAUUUUCUGAUGCUGAUUAGGUAAUUGCCCAUUUGGUUUGGAGUCCACAUUGGAGUAGCACACAUUUUAACAUUGCAGGGUACUUCAGUUAUCUGGCACUAAAACAGGCCCUUUGAAUAAUACACAGAGAUACUAAUUGUGACGAUCAUCCUUUUCAGCAGAUUCCAUAGCGCUUUUCGAGGGUCGGUUCGAUGAAUAGAAAACAAUCACGGAUUUCGGUUUUGAUUAUUUGGGUUGAAUGCUGUAACACAGAAUAAAACAAUUAAGUCCCAUGA